GGACCGAGGCUGUUGCGCUGGCGCGAGAGGCGGUGGUGGUCGCUGUGGCUUUGCCGGGGAAUUGGGGUCUGGCAUCCUGAGUGAAACGAUGUCUUCGUUUGUGACCGAAGUGUUGGCGCACUCAGGACGACUGGAGAAGGAGGAUCUGGGUACCCGGAUCGGUCGCUUGACCCGGAGGGUGGAGGAGAUCAAGGGUGAAGUCUGCAGCAUGAUCAAUAAGAAGUACAAUGAAUUCUUGCCUAGCAUGCAGAGUGCCCAGGACCUGGUAACCCAGGUGGAUGAGCUAUGUGGUGACAUUGAUCUGCUGAAAUCCAGGGUGGAGAGUGAGGUAAGGACAGUACAGCAGGACCUUCACGUAUCCAUUGCGGAAUUUACACAACUGAGGCAGCAGCUGGAAAGAGACACAGUCGUCCUGAGCAUGCUUAAACAGCUUCAAGAGUUUUCCACUGCCAUUGAAGAAUAUAAUUGUGCCUUAUCAGAGAAGAAGUAUGUUGCCGCUGCUCAGCACCUGAAAAAGGCACAGAAUUGCUUGAAGUUGCUGAAAUCCAGGAAAGGCUUUGAAUUACAGAUUUUCAAAUCCCUCAGUGUGGAGCUCACGAUCCAGAAGCAGAACAUGCUCUACCACCUUGGGGAAGAGUGGCAGAAGCUGGCUUCAUGGAGACUUGCUACAUCCAAAGUUAGCAGCUUGGAAUCUGCCCUCCAGACGGAACUUCAUUUGUGCACGGAACCAUCCCAGAAAGAAGAUGAGACCCCUUCCCCACCUAUCACUUCUGUACUCUUGGCAUUUGCUCUUGUUGGCGAGCUGCACACCAAACUUAAGUCCUUCAGCCAGUUGCUGCUGAAAUACAUCAUCAGGCCGCUGGUAUCUUAUCCAUCGCUCCAUGCACUGAUUGACACCCGUCCUGAUACAGUUGUCUUUCGAUUUGAAUCUGUGGCAACAGACUUGGAACAUUCAUCUCCACCUGAGGUUUUCACGAAGAUCAGGCUGGUGCUGGAAGUUCUUCAGAAACACCUGCUGGACUUGCCUCUUGGUGAUGAUUUGGAAGAUGAAAAAGUAUCUAAGAUUGUAUUGGCAGAGAUUGUGGGUGACAUGAUCUGGGAAGAUAUGUCUGAGUGUCUCAUUAAAGAUUGUUUGGUUUAUUCCAUUCCAACAAACAGCAGCAAGUUAGAACAGUAUGAAGAGGUGAUACAGUCCACUGAAGAAUUUGAAAAUGCUCUUAAGGGCAUGAGAUUUUUAAAAGGAGAUACUACUGACUUGCUGAAAUAUGCCCGGAAUAUCAAUUCUCAUUUUGCUAACAAGAAGUGCCAAGAUGUGAUUGUGGCAGCCAGAAACCUAAUGACUUCAGAAAUUCACAACACUGUAAAGAUCAGUCCAGAGUCUAAGAUAGCUCUGCCAGAGUUGCCAGCUCCUGAUGAAGGUAACAAGCUCAAAAUGCAAAAAGCGUCCAAAAGUCUGCACAAUGAGAUGAUGAACUUAGACACUGAAAAUAAACUGGGUGAGCAUUCUUUCUCUUUGCCAACAUGCCGGAUCAGUGAAUCUGUUGAGAAACUGAUGGAGCUGGCCUAUCAGACUUUACUGGAAGCAACAACUAGCAGUGAUCAGUGUGCCAUUCAGCUUUUCUACUCAGUGAGGAAUAUCUUUCAUUUGUUUCACGACGUUGUGCCAACAUAUCACAAGGAGAACCUUCAAAAACUUCCCCAGCUGGCUGCCAUUCAUCACAACAACUGCAUGUACAUUGCUCAUCACUUAUUGACUCUUGGGCAUCAAUUCAAGUUACACCUUGCCCCUGUUCUUUGUGAUGGCACCACUACUUUUGUGGAUCUUGUACCAGGCUUCAGGAGACUUGGGACAGAAUGUUUUCUGGCCCAGAUGAGGGCACAAAAGGGGGAGCUUCUGGAACGACUAUCAAGUGCAAGGAACUUUUCAAACAUGGACGAUGAAGAGAAUUAUUCUGCAGCAAGCAGAGCAGUUCGGCAGGUACUGCAUCAGUUAAAAAGACUUGGAGUUGUGUGGCAAGAUGUGCUUCCAGUAAAUAUAUAUUGCAAAGCUAUGGGGACCUUACUUAACACAGCCAUUGCUGAGAUCAUUGGCAGAAUCACUGCCCUAGAGGACAUCUCUACCCAAGAUGGCGACAGAUUGUACUCUUUGUGCAGAACAAUAGUGGAAGAAGGACCCCAGGUGUUUACACCAUUACCUGAAGAAAAAGAAAACAAGAAAUUUCAAGAAGAGGUUCCUGUCUAUGUGCCAAAGUGGAUGUCAUUCAAAGAGUUGAUGCUGCUGCUACAGGCAAGCUUGCAAGAAAUUGGGGAUCGGUGGGCUGAUGGGAAGGGUCCCUUGGCAACUGCCUUCUCCUCUGGUGAGGUGAAGGCUUUAAUCCGGGCCUUGUUCCAGAACACAGAAAGAAGAGCAGCUGCCCUUGCUAAAAUUAAAUAGCCUUGUUUUCCCAUGGAAGCCGCACCGUCCUUGUAAGGAAUCUUCUUCUGGCAUCGUUACUUAUGCCAUUCUUUGGAAAUGCCUAUUAAUUUUGAUGAACUUCCUGCCAGAAUAUCAUGGAGUUUGACUUUAUAUAAGACUGUCCUACGUUUGUGGCCUGAAGGAGAUUUGGCAGAAAAUGUGCCACAUCAGCAGGACAAGAGAGGAGUGAAGCAGGGCGCCUCAGGGGACUUCCUCUUAUCUGUGGGAAAAUACUGUUUUCUUCUGCUUCCAGGGCCUUUUGGGAGCUGUGUCCCGGAAGGAAGUGGCCCCUGAUUCCAGACCAAGAAAUCAGGGACACUGACUUAGUGGAGAACUGGCAUCCACUUCCCUGUGGGAAGGCUAUUUUUUGAAGGGAGUUCACAGCACCUUAGUUGGCCUGACAGUUAUUAGGUGGACUUCCUGUAUAUCACCUUUCCAAUAAAUGAUGCUUUUCAGAAUCAUGGGACUAUUGUGUUUGGAGAAGGACCAACAGGCUUUCUGAGGCAUUACGUAAAGGAAAUCCUUUGUUAAAAUAGAGGAGCCACACUAGGGUACUUGGUGAUCUGUUACCUUCUCUUCACUUAUGCUUAUUGGGGAUCCUGUUAUCCUUUAAGCUGUCCAACAAUGCACGUUGAGAACUAUGCAUUUCUUUAAUUUGUUUUUCCCCCUCUUAAGCAUCAUUAGCCACUGCUUUUUUAGAAGCAUUUCAUCCUGUAUCUGGAAUUUUGGUUGGAUUCUGAAUGUUUAUACGGUGGGAGCCUAAGAAAGCUGGACUUUAGAACUUGACCCAUGUUCCUGUGAAUCUCAUUUGUAUUUCAUCUCAUUUUAUCCUGUGUCAUGUUUUAGGGAGGGCACUGGCAUCCAUCCAGAAGACAGCAGGAAUGUUGAGGGGACUCAGGACCUAGGAGAAUCAGCUGAAAGAACUAGGGAACUUUACACUGUCAGAGAGGUCUUAGUGAGGACACAGUAACUGUCUUCAAAUAUCUGAAGAGUUUCCAUGUGAAAGAAGGAUUAAACACAGCGAAACUCCAAAAGGAGAAUUGUGACAAUAGUUAAAGCCUUCUGGACUUGGAAUGGCCUGCCUUGUGAGGCAGUGAGUUCCCUGUCAUUGGAGGUGUUCAAGUAGAGGCUGGGUGACCACUUCAGGGGAUGCUGCAGAGAUUCCUUCCCUGGGUGGGAUGUACGACUAGGUGACCUUGAAGAUACUUUCCAACUCUGAAAUUCUGUGAUUGCAUCAUCAGUGUCAAAGUUGAACCUUUGUAGUCCAGAAAUUUUUGUUUAUUUCAUGACCAAGAAUUUGUUAGUAAGAGAUAUUAACAAACUUCUCUAGGUUGUAAUUUUGCUUACUAUCUCCUCUGAGCUAGCGUCAGAAGUAAAAUUGGCUUUUAUUUCUCAUCUUGAAACUGAGAUAUACAGAAAAUUUUAAAUGUUCUUUCUUCCCCAACCCCUCCACUUAGUGCUUACUUAGCUCAGUGCCCAGCAGUGGUGGAUGUUUAAUAAAUGCUUGUGGGUUUGAUUUCUGCUA